UCUAUUCCAGGUGUGCUGACCUUGCCCGAGGCACACCCAGGCAAACCAUCAUCCGCCACAACCGCAGCUGGAGUUGGAAACGGAGGAGGUGCAGGCGGUGGCGGCGAGGCGAGUACAGACUACAGUGAGUACGAUGAAGAGGAGCCGCAGCGGUCGCCUGGAAACCUGGCCAAGUCCACAGCAGGUCCCAAGCUGCCGCUUCCGUACUUCGACCAGCCGAAAGUGGACGUCUAUGUGGGGCCCAAUGACAGCAGUGUGAAAGUGGAGUGCCCCGUCAAGAACUACAAGGCCCAACACCAUGCCAUACUCUGGUACAAGGAUGACAGCCCCAUCAGCAACGGCAACACCCUAUUCAGCACAGUCUACGGCCUAGACACAAACUUUACAUUGACCGUGCCCGUGGCGGCCAAUGCCACGGACGGGCAGAAAUACUCCUGCCAUGUGAUGCCACCCGAUGUGCGUCGAGAGGUGACCAUCCAUCUUGGACUGGAGCCAAGCACCCCGGCUCCUGCUUCGGCCACCGUACAACCUACUUCCGCCGAAGGGUCGGCGCCGGUUUUGCAGGAUUCUGGCCUCUGGAUGCUCCUGCUCUUGGCCGCCCUCCAGUUGGCAGUUCGCUACUAAAUCUGAACCGGGCCAAGUUCAUUUAACGCAAUUCUACCACCGGCACUGAACCUCCCAGCCCGGGUAAUGUUUGGAGAUGCGCACCAAAAAAACGAGCUUGUUACUAAGAUACAGUAUGUCAAGAAAUUAUUUUCACAUUAUAUUGUGUGUGUUUCCCCAAUCUGCCUUGUGAUUUCUUCUACUAUUAUCAUAUAGUUUCCCUAAAGAGAUCAGUAAUAUUAAGAUACGAGUAUUUUAAACACUUACCAAACAUAUUCCUUGUAAAAACGCUUUCUUGAAACACUGUAUGUUUGUCGGUAUAUCUAAGGAAGGAAUCGAUUUCUUGGCGAAUUAUGUUAGUUAGGUGUUGCUUUGUUAUUGUAUUAUAGAAUAUACUACUAUAUUUAUGUAUGUGUAGAUCUUGUGGAAGCAAAUCUUCCUAGGGCUACGUUACUGAUCAACAGAUUAUCUGAGUUAUGCUUCAAACUUUAGCUUCCUCUUCUUCCAAACUUGCAGGACUACUAUAUCGCCUGUAGAUCUGUAUAUGUAUCUGUAACUAAAUAGGUUUUAGUUUUAGCUGAAAAUCCAAUUAGGUAUCGAAAUUUGAACUCUUAGAAUGCUAUUUAAUCGUAUAGGAUCGAAUUGCAUAUAGAAUGCUGCUGGCUUUAGACGUGUGCUUAAUGAAUCUUAUUAUAUUAUAAUUCUAAUUAUUAGUGUAUAAUUGUUUUUUGAACUUAGCGGAACAAACAACGGACAGUUACCGAUGCGAUAACAAGUGGCUUAAUGAAUCGUUACAAAGGAUAUAUGAAGGAUAUGAUUGAUAUGUGAAGAAUAUUACCAUAUGUAUACAUAUACAACUGAAUGUAAUUUUGUCGGAUAUAAAAGUGAAAUAAACUAGAGCUGCUAUAGACCCAGCUGAAUCCAUUCAAAAUGUUGAUAAAGCAAACGAAACGAAAACAAAAUCCACCCCUAUAUAUGUAUGGAUGUAUGGGCAGGAUUCCAUAGCUCACUUUUCACGCGUGGGGAAGGAUGGAUUGCGGGAGGGUAGGCGAGACAGAGACAACAAUGCGUUGUUGCCCCUGCAGCUGCAGCGCAGCGUGGAAGGAGGCGCAGGAGGAAUUCCGCAAUAUGCGCAGGGCAUGCCUGCCAUAUGGUUCUCCAGGGUGGUGCUGGUGGCGGCAAGAACUUUAGUUUCCUGCUCAGUCGCGAACUGCAUAGCGGACAGGACACACCACACACAGGACACUAGUCAGGAACAUAAAUCUGCUUCAAAACGAAACAACAAAAUGAUCCCACAGAGUGAGAGUCCAGCCCUGUUCGAGGACAAUUUCGUUGGGGAGUCCCAUACUGUCCCUGAGAAUUGUGAGCAUAGUCGCUGUGGCCAGAGCCAGGGUCGACGAGGCCGCUUUUAUGAAGCAAAUUUGGAUUGCCAGCUUUACAGGAAGCCGACUGCAAUAUCGAAUGUAGGAGAUCAAAGAUCGAUUGUUAAAGAUUUAGGAAAUAAUAUACCCAUAUUUGUGAAAAUCCAA